CAUAAAGAAUUCAAAUGAGUUAAUGAGCUCGAUCUAUUUUUUCGCGAUCCUGGCGAGGAGUCAUUUUGUCGUCGUACGUAUAAGAGGCGAAGGAACCACGGCGCGCAUCCACAUACAGCCUCGCCGAGACCUUGUGCGCUACGCAAGGACGCUCGCAGCCCCCACGAAAAACGCCCACAACCGAACCAACGCGCCCGCGGGAAAGUCCACUUUGAAUUUAGAACUUGGUUUUCUUUAAAAAAAAAGGAUUUUUUUUGUUUUGUUUCUAAAAGUUGCCAGUAUUUUUUGUUUUUCAUAAAAUUUCGUAGUUUAGAAACUUAUUGAACUGUAGGAGUGACAGUGAGUUCAGUGCUUGGGGUGAUCAAGGUUGACACGUGCGUGUUGGAAACGAUGUAUUUUUGAGAACUAUCAUGGAAACAAACCUUGGGAUGCAUAAGUUCUUACCUUUUCUACUGCUCGGUCUCUUCACCAGAACAACAUAUACAAACAAUGUUUCGAUAUCAGAGGACAUGCGUCAUCCGCGAGUAAGCGGCCGAAUAGUCAAGCUAUAUUCUGGCAUUAAACCAGAACCAAUCUUGUGUUCUGGUGAAGGCUUCCAAGAGGAUCCGGUUGACUGCGCUGUCUUCUACAGAUGUGUGAUAGGAGCUAACAACAAAUACACCGUUUUCAGAUAUCAAUGCGGACCGGGCACAGUAUAUGACCCUGACACAGAGAUUUGUAACCACCCUAAAAGCACAAAAAGGAUUAAUUGCGGCGGUUAUGCACCCACUGAACCUGUUAACGAAAAUGAAAUAGAUGGAUCACGUGCAGAAAUACCAUCUCCAAUAAGCAUGAAUCAAGUAUACCCUAAACAAGCUAUCAAAGCUGACGCUUCGACUAUCUCAACCCAAAAAACUUGGUCUUCAGCCGAUUACAAAAGUAGACCAAGUGCAUCUACAACCACGGUAAAGCAGCAUCUUAGAGCAACUAGAUCCCCAAUGCCUCGUCAGCCGAUUUCAGAAAGUGGUGAACCGUGUACAUCUGACGGAUUUAUGGGUGACAGUGAAAAUUGCCGAAAAUUUUACAGAUGCGUUGGAAAUGGGCGAGGUGGUUAUAUCAGAUACGAAUUUUCUUGCAGUGAGCUAACGAUUUGGGAUGAUGAAACACAAGCAUGUAAUCACGCAUGGGCAGUCAAACAGAGGAGAUGUGGGCGAGGCAGUCCAGAUGAUGAAAAUAAAACCAUAAAAUCUGAUUUUACUAAUGCUGACAAUGAAGUGAAUUCAGAACAAAAUAUUCAAUCACAAUUACAAGUAGCUUAUGGCUCUAAAGUUAAUCAAGUACAGACACAAAUAAGCAAAGGUUCCGUGAUACAGAAUCAAACACAAAUAAAUUAUGGUGAACGAAUAAAGGAAAAACCUAAUAGUUCCUAUACAAAACAAAACCAAACUCAAAUAUCACGUGGUUCAGCUGUAAGUCAGACACAGACACAAAUUAAUCACGGUAAUAAAGGUUCCCAAACCCAAUUGCAAAUUAAUCAUUCCAAAGAAUCUAGUCAAAGUCAAACACAAAUACAUGAAACAAACACCGAUCAAACUACAGCUUCUUCACAUGAUGGAGAAACACAGCGGCCAAACGAUGAGAAACCUGUCACUGCGAAUGAAAAUAACGAAUGUACUGAAAGUGGCUUCAUGGGAGACUCUGACGAUUGUAAGAAGUUCUACAGGUGCGUUGACAAUGGAAGAGGUGGAUAUAUAAAAUACGAAUUCACUUGUGGAGAAGGGACUGUAUGGGAUCAUAAUGCAGAAGCAUGCAACCAUGAGUGGGCUGUAAAGGACUGUAAAAAUAAAUCGCCAUCACAAACACAGACCCCAAACAGCAAAACUACCACAACAACAACAAGAAAACCUACCACAAUAGAAACUACUCCCGAAGAGGAUGAAGAUGUUGGGUAUGGUGGACAACAUCAACAACCGUCUCAAACAACAACGCACCAAGAUAAAACGUCAACAACUACGGAAAGUAGUAUAGCUACACAAACUACUGAGGGUAACCAUAUCUCAAGUUCCACUAGUGCACCCGGUGAAAAUGUUUGUAGUACCAGUGGAUUUAUGGGUGACACCCAAGAUUGCAAUAAAUUUUACAGAUGUGUUGAUAAUGGUAAUGGUGGUUACACUCGAUAUGAGUUUACAUGUGGCGAGGGUACGGUGUGGGACUCAAAUUUGGAAGCAUGCAACCACGCUUGGGCAGUUGAAAAGUGUGGUAAAGGAACGCCAGAUAAAAAUACUCAAGGUACAACCACAACAGCUGACAACAUAUUGCAAGGCGCAGAAAUUGAUAACGGUUAUCCAUCACAGAAUGACAAUAAUGUAGACCAACCAGACCAAAAACCAACAGAAGCCACAAUGUCGAGUACAACCAGUACAGUGACAUCAGCUUCUUCAACAACAUCGUCACCAAAUAGCAAUACAUGCACAUCGAGUGGAUUUAUGGCUGAUAAAAAUGACUGCAAAAAGUUUUAUAGAUGUGUUGAUGACGGCAAAGGUGGUUAUAUUCGUUAUGAAUUUACAUGUGGCGAGGGUACUGUUUGGGAUCAAAGUAUCGACUCAUGUAAUCAUCCAUCAACUAAUAACAAAUGUCUAGGAAGUGAAACAUCAAUCCAAGAAACUGAAAACGAAGGCACAACUCAAUCAUCAUCUACUGCACAAAGUGACAGUGAUACAGAAGAAAAUAAUCAAGUCACUACUAUCGCAUCUACUGGAAAACCAGCAAAUACACCAACACCUAAUAAAGACUCUUGUACUAAAGAAGGAUUCUUUGGCGAUACAACGAACUGCAAAAAGUUUUACAGAUGUGUCGAAAAUCAGCAAGGUGGUUUUACUAAAUAUGAUUUCACAUGCGGAGAAGGCACAGUAUGGGAUCCAGAAAUUGACGCCUGCAACCAUGAAAGCUCUGUUAAAAAAGGAUGCAGUGUACUAACCGAUGAUCAAACACAACAACAACCAGCAAACAGUGAAAAUGCUGAGAGUAGUACAUCGCAGCCGAGUACAUCAGAAACAAACGCUUUUGAGAAUCCUCCGUCAGAAUCUGGAAGCACCACACAAACCGCAGACUCCAAUGAUUCAAUAACAUCUACGACUAAACGCCCUAAUAAUGAACAAUCUAAUAACGAAGAUCAAUGUGAAUCGGAAGGUUUUUAUGCUAAUUCAAAUGACUGUAAGAAAUUUUACCGAUGUGUAAGCAAUGAUAAGGGAGGGUAUACGAAAUACGAUUUCACUUGUGGAGAAGGUACGAUUUGGGUACAAGAAAUACAGGCAUGUGAUCAUGAUAACGAUAUGUCUAAUUGUAGUUCUCAAAGUUCCGCUUCUACCACAUCCAGUUCGCAAAAUGGGCAAGAUGAACAACCUACCACAAAAGCCUCUACCACUACAACCCAGUCAUCUUUCGAGUUGGAAAAUAAUGAAACAUCAAGUGAUUGUUCCAAUAAUUCAAGUUCCAGUUCGAAUAAUUCCCAGUCAAAUGAAUGUAAAAAUGAAGGAUUUUAUCCCAAUAAAAAUUACUGUAAAAAGUUCUACCGAUGUAUUGAUAAUGGGCAAGGAGGGUACACCAAAUAUGACUUUACUUGCGGCGAAGGUACCGCUUGGGAUUCGGAUAUACAAGCUUGUAAUCAUGAAAAUCAAGUGAAAAAUUGUCAAGGUUCACAAGGAGAAAACCAAUCAGAACAAGGACCUACGGAACAAAAUUCUUCUCAAACAACGGAAACAACCAGUACAACUAAAACAUCGACAACCGAAUCUUCAAAUGAAAACAAACCACCCAACAGUAAUGAUAAAUGUGAAAAUGAAGGGUACUUUGGCGACAGCAGUGAUUGCCAAAAGUUUUACAGAUGUGUUGAUAACGGUAACGGUGGUUUGACAAAAUACGAUUUUACAUGUGGCGAAGGCACGAUUUGGGAUCAAGAUAUACAAACGUGUAAUCAUCCAGGUGAUGUCCAAAAUCCAUCAUGUAAUAAUAGCACAACUACCACAUCUACAACUACUGAAGCCUCAAGUGAAACAUCGUCAACCACUACUACGGGAUCGCCAACAAGCUCUGAAUCGUCAUCAUCCUCGUCAGCAACUGAAAGCUUAUCGGACUGUUCUCAAGGUUCCACGCAAAAACCUCAAAAGUCACAAGUGAAUUGCACUAAAGCAGGAUUUUACGCUGAUCCUGAUGACUGUAAGAAAUUCUAUAGGUGUGUAGACUGGGACAAUAAUGGUCAAAGGUUUUCGGUUUAUCAUUUCGAAUGUGGAGAGGGUACGAUAUGGGAUCCAGAACUGGAAACAUGCAACCAUGAAGAUUCUGUAUACCCUCCUCGGGACUGUUCUGGGGCUCAAAAUCAAAAUAAUGAGGAAUCUACGACAACAACAACAACUACUACAACUAAAAAACCCACAACUCAGGAAUUAACGACAACUGAAGACUCAACAACGCAACAAUCUACAACUGAAUCGUCUACUACACAAGAAACAUCAACGACUGAAGAAAGUACGACUGAGCAAACUACUACUGAAAAAUCCACAACCACAGAAAAAACGACAACCCAACAAUCUACUACGGAACAAAGUACUACAGAGAAAUCGACAACUACUGAAAAGAGUACUACUGAGAAAAGCACUACUCAGUCUAGUACCACAGAGCAAACUACUGAACAAUCGAGUACUACGCAACAGUCCACUACAGAAAGUACCACCACUGAUCAGACGAGUACUACAGAGCAAUCUACAACGGAACAGUCCAGUACCACACAACAAUCAACUACCAGUGAGGAAACGACAACGGAGCAAUCCGCUACUGAGGAAACGACUACGGAGCAAUCCGCUACUGAGCAAUCUCCUACGACAACUGAGCAGUCUACUACGACAACUGAGCAAUCUACUACGACAACAGAGCAAUCUACUACGACAACUGAACAAAGUAUCACUGAGGGAACGACUGAAAGUUCUACAGAAAAAUCAUCAACUACGGAAGAAUCAACCACACAAGAAUCAAGUACAACUGAACAGUCAAGUUCUUCUACUACAGAACAAAGUUCUGAGAGCACUACAACACAAGAUAAUCAGGAAUCUACUACUGAAAGCAGUUCCUCAAGCUCAAAAGAUUGCCCAGAAACGGAGGAUGAUCAGUACCUUUACGUAUGCCCAACUUCAUUUAAGCGGCAUCCGAAGUAUUGUAAUAUGUUCUAUCAGUGCACUGAAGAUAAUGAUACCCAUAACCUUGACAUAGCUGUUUUCAAAUGUCCUAAUGACACAAUUUAUGAUGAAAGUAAAAAUCAAUGUGUUGAAGAGAAAAAUGCUGACAAGAAAUGUGACGGGGAGAAAGCUGAUAGGCGAAGAGUAAAACGUUUAGGAGCCACCUAUAAAGAACCAAUUGUCGCAAGCAAAGAACCUCUUACUUGUCCAUCAACGGGCCACUUCCCAUUCGAGAAAGCCGAAUGUUCUCCGGCGUUUUUGAAAUGUGAUAAAACGAAAUCUGGCAAAUUGCGAGGUUAUGUAAACCAAUGUCCCGAUGGAUACGUCUAUUGGUCAGUGAGCAGAAGAUGUGAAGCGAAGUAUAAAGUAAGAGAUUGUAAGAAGACCACUAAUGACUGGAGCGGACGAUGGGAUAUACCAAUAGAAAGAAGUAACGUUGCAACAUAAGAUAAAUAAAAGAUAAAAAGAAAUGCAACAUAAGAUAAAAACAUGUAUAAAAUGACGACAAUAGCAAAUCGAUCUACCUUCUCUACUUGCAUUUGUGCAAUAUUCUAAUUAUCUAGUUAAAAAUCUGUAUAUAAGUAGGUAAACAUUUACGGUAGGUAUUCUUGUGGGGUCUCUAUUGUUUCCCGUAAAGUUUUAAGUCAUAAUGUAUUGUUUGUCCGCAUUUUCGUUAGUCACCAUUUGGUUUUUCUCAGAAACGCGUAACUUUUCAGGAAGGCCAUAAAACAAACCUAACCUAACCUAUCUAUAGGAUAACCUUACGAAAAUCCUGA